UCCCCUCCCCUCCCCUCCCCUCAGCUCACUCUCCUCUCCCUGCGGCAGGCCUGGAUUGGAGAUAUCCGAGGCAGUGGCCCAGUUGCUUCAGGGAACCACAUCAAGGCCAACUGCCGCUGGAUUGCAUUCAACACAGACUUGGCAGGCGUGCUUGGCGCUGUGCCUCUGGAGACCCCAGAGGGGAUCAAGAGGGUUGUAUCUCAUCUGCGUUGCCAUUCAGAUGUGGUAACGGACUUCGACUUCUCUCCCUUUGACCAGCAACUCCUGGCCACCGGUUCCGCAGAUGAAGUUGUGAAGGUGUGGCGUCUCCGUGAGUCUGGCCAGGACCUCUCGUCUUCCCCCCACGUGACGCUGGGAUCAGAGGGGAGCCAGGUGGAGGUGCUUCUCUUCCACCCCACAGCAGAUGGCCUCCUGGCCAGCGCAGCUGGGAGGACAGUGAAGAUUUGGGAUGUGGAGCAGCGACAGAACCUUACUGAGCUGGAGCCUCACCAGAACCAGGUGCAGAGUUUGGCCUGGAAGCCAGAUGGAUCGCUCCUGGGCACUUCUUGCAAGGAUAAAAAGCUGCGCAUCUUUGAUCCACGGGCCAAGCCAGUAGCCUGCCAGACUGUCCUGGCACAUGCGAGCGGCAGGGAGGCCCAGGUGCUGUGGGUGAACGCCGAAGGCUGCUUCCUCUCUGUGGGCUCCAACCAGAUGACGGAACGGGAAGUCUGGCUUUGGGACAUGCGCCAACCGAGUGGCACGCUGGCUUCCAUCACUCUGGGUGCAUCCCCCAGGGCUCUGAUCCCACUCUUUGAUCCCAGCACCGCCCUUCUUGUCUUGGCAGGGAAGGGAGAGGAGGCGCUUUUCUGUUACGAGGUCCAGCCUGCCCGGCUGGCAGUGACAGAAGUCAACCAGUGUCUGCUGGAGACCCGGACCCAAGGAAUGGCCCAGCUCCCCAAGCUGGCCCUGGACGUGACGGCCUGCGAAGUGAUGAAGGUGCUGCAGCUGAGCGACUCUGCCAUUGUUCCCAUUGGCUACUCGGUGCUCCGGAAGUCUACACAGGAGUUCCACGAAGACUUGUUUUCAGACUGUCCUGGAAACGUCCCGGCAACAUCUGCUCGGGCCUGGUGGGCUGGAGACAACACGCAGGUGGAGAGGGUGAGUCUUCAUCCUGCCCGCCGGCCCAGCCUGGCCUUCAUCUCUGCCUGCCUUCCUCGCUUUCACCAAGACAGCCAAGACCCCCCCUCCUCCCACACGGAGGGGGGGGAUCAAGCCGAGGACCUGGACAUAAGCGUGGGCAGCAGCCUGCCGUCUCCUGCCAGCUCUCUGACGUCUCCCUCCAGCGCUGCUCUAUCCCUCUCUGUCACCAGUGGCUUUUCCUCCAGCCCGAGCCAGCGGUCCCUGCAGAACCUUCUGGGCCCAAGUUCUGCCUUCCGGCACAUUGAGGGCAUCAUCUUGCCCCGCAGCACCCACAUUACCAACCUGCGAGGCUUGAGCCUCACCACGCCAGGGGAGUGUGAUGGCUUUUGUGCCAACCGGCAUCGCAUCGCCAUCCCGCUGCUUUCUGCAGGUGGACAGGUGGCCAUCUUGGAGCUCUCCAAGCCGGGCCGACUCCCCGACACCCCCAUGCCAGCCAUCCAGAAUGGGGCGCCCGUCUCAGAUCUCUGCUGGGACCCCUUUGAUGAGCAACGCCUGGCCAUUGCUGGAGAAGACAUCAAGAUUCGCCUGUGGCGGGUUGAGCCAGCUGGGCUGCAGAAGAAGCCGUUGGAGCCGGAAGUUGUCUUGAGAGGUCACACAGAGAAGAUCUACUCCAUUAAGUUCCACCCUCUGGCCUCGGAUGUCCUCGCCUCCUCCUCCUACGACAAGAGUGUCCGGAUCUGGGACGCGCGUACGGGAAGGCAGGAGCUCAGCCUCCACGGCCACACGGACCAGAUCUUCAGCCUGGCCUGGAGCCCCGAUGGACGCUGCCUGGCCACCGCCAGCAAGGAUGGCAAAGUGCGAGUUUAUGAACCUCGGCAGGCUGCUCAGCCCUUGCAGGAAGGCCCAGGGCCCAAGGGAGGCCGAGGAGCCCGCAUCACCUGGGUCUGUGGAGGCAAAUACUUGCUGGCAUCUGGCUUUGACAGCCGCAGCGAACGCCAGCUCUCCCUGCACCAGGCGGAGGCCCUGGCAGCUGGGCCGCUGGCCACAAUCAGCCUGGACGUCUCUCCCGCCACCCUCAUUCCCUUCUAUGACGUGGACACCAGCGUGGCCUUCUUCACGGGCAAGGGAGACACGAGGGUCUUCGUCUACGAGAUUGUCCCGGAGGCCCCGUUCUUCCUGGAGUGCAACAGCUUUCUGUCCAGUGACCCCCACAAGGGCUUUCACUUCCUGCCCAAGACGGAGUGCAACGUGCGAGACGUCGAGAUUGCCCGGGCCCUGCGCCUCCGGCAGACCUCCAUAGAGCCUGUGGCCUUCCGGGUGCCCAGGGUCAAGAAAGAAUUCUUCCAGGAUGACCUUUUCCCGGCCACGCAGGUGUGGUGGGAACCUGCCCUGCCCGCCACAGCCUGGCUGAAGGGCGCCAACCAGCAGCACCCCACGCUCAGCCUGCAGCCUAAGGAUAUGGCCCCAGUGAGCCAAGCACCCAAGGAGGCCCCCAGCCGGAAAUACGUGCCAUCCUCUGCCUACCUGGAAGAGAAGUCGGAUGAACAGAAGAAAGAGGAGCUGCUCAACGCCAUGGUGGCCAAGCUGGGGAACCGAGAUGACCCCCUCCCGCAGGACUCCUUCGAGGGCGUCGAUGAGGAGGAGUGGGACUAGCUGCAGACACCAGAACAGGCCGACACUGCCUCUCCGCCGGAGCGCCCCGGGCUGCAGGCUGCUUCCUGGGGCCUGGUGGGGAUUGGCAUCUCCCCCCCGCUGUCCCUGCUCUGCUGCCACCUGGGGCGGGGGCCACCUUGGACCACCUGCUUCCUGAGGGGAGCUGAUCUGGCAACAGCUUCUCCCCAGCCCGGGGGCCCUUGGAGGCGGCCUUGGGGGCGCUUCAAGACUGCCCUCGUCGGCCCAGUCUGGGCCCGGCAAGAGCCUUGCCGUUCAGUUCUCCGGCUGUGCCGGGCGGGCCAGUUCUCCGGGAGGCAUUCCACGGAUGGCAAGUUGCAAGCGUCCUGUUAAGAGGCGCCUUGGGCGUAGAGAAAAAUGGUCCGGACGGCUCGUUCCCUGCCCAGCCUGUGCUCCAAGCAACUUCCGGGCCUGGCGUCAGUUGGCCCUUGCUCUGAUUCCGCAGCCGACUGUCCUGCUGGGUGCAGCUGUCCCACGAAAGACCCCUUCCUCCCGUCCCAGUCUCCCGUGCUUUGAUUCAAACACAGCCCGCUUCCGGAGGAGUCCUCCUCUUGCGUGGCUCCCCAGAUGGAGCACCGCCCCAGCCGAAUGGAUGCUGCCCCGUUCCUUUUUUUUACAGUAGCUUUAUUCACUUUUUGAGCAAGAAAGAUGAAGACUAACAGAAACCAAUAUUUAAGGUGAGGGAAAAAGAAAAAGGAAAGAAAGAAGAAAGCCAAAAGUGCAGGGGAAAAAAGAGGGAAAAUAUAAAGAAAUUGCUUCUGAUUUUCUUUUACCAGAGUUAUAAGUAGAAAAUUAAACUGAACUCUUACCCUAUGGUUACAACAUAGCUUUCAUUUUUUCUGUCAUCUACUAUUUUUCCUAAUCAUCAAAUCCAUAUAUCAUAAGUUCAU